AUGUCGACAUCCACAUCCUUACGGCCAAUGGCUAGAAGGCUACUCCAGCCUAAUGCUAGCCAGCAGAUACCACCAAGCUUCCUCCUUCCAAGCAUCUUCGCCCCCAGUCCGCAAAUCGCUUCUUUCUCCUCAACGCCCAACUCCUUCUAUCCAAGAGACAACAACAAACAGCGUGGAGUUUCCUCUCAACGCCGAACUGGUCUUCGACAGCCAGUUUCCGUCUCUAAAACCGCUCUUCCAACUCCAGUCAACGCGAAAGACCUCCCGAAAAUUGAAACCGAUCCGGACCAUGGCCUUUGGGGGUUCUUUCACAGUAAGGAAAAGUCCCUGGCGACUCCUGAAGAAGAUGCAGCUCACGGAAGAGCCUGGUGUGUGGAGGAAUUGAGAGCGAAGAGCUGGGAGGAUUUACACGCCCUUUGGUGGGUUUGCGUUAAGGAGAGGAAUCGUAUUGCGACGGAAAACUAUGAACGUAAAAGGUUGAACGCUGGGUAUGGAGCACAUGAGGCUAAGGUCAGAGCUGCCAUGGUCAGGAUAACUCAGCGAGGUAUCAAGCAAACAUUGACUGAGAGAUAUUAUUCUUGGAGGGAAGCGGAGCUUUUGGCGCAGCAGGAUCCAGAGAUCAACUUGAGCGCAGAUGGCGUGUCAUAUACGCCGAAAGAAUUUACGGAGGAAGAAUAUGUUGAUGAGGAUGUCCCAGAAGAAGUUACCGAGGAGGAGGCAAUUCGAGCAGAGGAAGCUCUAAAGUCACAGGCAAUUCCUCCGGAAACGAAGCCAGUUGAGAAGUCACCGGACGCAGCAUAA